AUGGCGGUGUGGGCGAGAGUUCUGGUCCUUGCCUGCGGUGGAGCGUUGUGGGACUCGCUCAGGCGAAGCUCGGUUGCCGCCUCACCCAAGCAGGUAGUUUCGGCAAUGCGGCGUUGCUCGCACUCGUCGAGGCGGCGGUGUGCCUAUUCUCACCUGCGGGGAGUUGUGGGUGGCGGCUGGAAAGGAGCUGGCGGCGUCACCGCACCAUCGCAUUUGGCGCGUGGAUUGUGGGGGGCAAUGGCGCGUCCGCCGAGCCACCGAGACCGUCUUGAAGUUUGCCUCUACGCAGGGGAGAGGUCAAGCGAAGAGGAUAUCGCCCCACGGCCCAUCAGCCCCGCAGGGUCCUACGGGGCAUGGGGGCAAUGUGGGCGGUGCAGAAAUACGAAUCACGUCGUGCAGGCG